AUGCCGGAGGAGCGCGCUAUCGACCGCGAGAAGCACUGUCCUUUUCUACUUCGAGUUUUCUUUAGCAAAGGUGCCCACAACAGAGCAGAAGCGUUUGAAGAGCUGGACAACAAGCCCAUCGCCAACGAGCUGCACAUUUACACGUGGCCAGAUGCGACGUUGCGGGAGAUCGCUGACCUGGUGCAAGACUCAAACGCUGACGCUCGAAUGCCAAAUAUGCGAAUGAGUAUCUGUGCCGUGUCGGAGACAAAAGACGGAAGAGUGCUCGUACGAAAAGUCGGCUACGUCAACAGCAGUCGUCGCCGAUGUGUUGACGACACCAAGACGCUUGCAAGUGUGCGUUUUCAUCCAGGCGAUAUGCAAGCGUGUCUGAAAGAUCACACGUUCCUAGCCAAGGUGUUGGAAUUCUACACAGAAACACAAACCAUUAAGGGCUCGGUAACGAUCACCUGCAAAAGUGUGCCUGUGGCUAAGGUGAAUAACAAAGCACAGCAGAAAAUACUUAAGCUUACGGUGGAAGACGGAGAGAACGUGUUGCUGUUCCGCGCAUGUAAAUAUGGCAACAACAAGCAUAAGAAAAAAUAUAGCACGGUGGUGACAGCUGUGAAUCAUGGUGCUUUCCACAGCACUUUAAACCAGAUUGUCAAGUCUACGAUAGACGUUAAGGAUGCUGCUAGGAAAAAGCGAGUGAUGACCAAAGUUAAAAAGACUGCAGAAUAG